UGGCACGGCGACCCCGCGCGCCCGUCUCACCGUCAUCGCGCUGGUUCACGCUCCGUCAGUCUGUCGGCAACCUGCGUACCAGUCGUGUCGCAGCGCUCACGUAACAAAAUUCUUAUUAUUAUUAUCAUCACUCUUUACUUGCCUUGAAACUUGAUCGGUGGUGUGUUCAUUCUCGUUUACCGACUUCGUAGCGCGUAUUUCAUUUCUCUCGACACCGUCCUAUCCCUUUAAUUAACGUUAUCACGUCCAGGAGCUCUCGCGCUCGUCGAAGAAAAUCGCCGUUGCCGCCGCCGCCGCAUACGUCCGCGCUCGCGCAUGAAACUCCCCACGACCCGCGAUUGUACGCGCGCAUCAUACGGGGCGCACCGAUAAAGUGACCGAGAGACAGAAAAUUAUCACGAGGGAGAGAGGGAGAGAGGAGCCCGAAAACGUCAAGUACGAACCGAUCGCCUGCAAACCUUAUCCGAUUGCCGCUGGUAUCUACGAGCGUCGUUGGCAUUCCGGAGUAUUGUUGCGUGCCAACCAUCCGAUACGUAGCAAGUCGUACCAUCAGUACGCCUCGCGCAUCCUCGUCUUCGCCGUCAUCAUCGCCGUCGCCGUCGUCCUCUUCGUUGUCCUAGAGUACAGCCACGCGACGCAGCAGCGCUGGAGUUCAUCAGCCGGGACGUCAUCAGACUCGUUUCACCCGGUGCAUGGGUCACUGUUCACCGAUAGAUGAACACCAUGCCUGCUUACAGGAAAGACAUCGCAGUUGCCGAUCGCGUUCACCGCUGCUGCCCUGCUCCACCUCCACGGCGGGCACGCUGCUGGUGUAUCGAUUGCUCUAAAAUAGACGCGUGGGAACAACACCUGCAGGCCAGGCGUACACGUACACACAUGCCGUUCGCAAGCGCAUAAACGCGCAACAGACUAUACACGUCUGUGUUUCACGCUUCGUACACACUCAUACAUACGGCGCGUUUGUUCUCUCCCCCCUCUCUCUCUCUCUCUCCCGCUCUCUCUCCCGUUCUCUCUCUCUCUCUCUCCCUCCCUCCCUCUCUCUCUCUCGCGCGCUCUCGCUCUCUCGCUCUCUACUUCUCGUCGUUACGCUGCCACGACCCUCUCGCAGCAGCAACGUGUGACAGGUGCAACGACGGCGACAUCGUCGUAGGGUGGUCGGUGGUGGCGCUGGCGAAGAGCCGCAGCAGGAAACGGAAGAAGUGAGUCGGGUUGGGGUUGCGAGAAGACGCGAAUAAGAAGAGAAAAAAAAAGUAGAAAAGGCCAGGAAGGGAAAACAGAAGGAAGAGGAAGAAGAAAAGAAACCGGUUGAAGAGGCGAGAGAAGGACCGGAUCAGGGAAGGAGAGGAGGCGUGGAGAAGAAAGAAGAAGGGGAGGAAGAGGAGGAGGAGGAGGAGGAGGCGGCCGCGGCCCCCGUGUUUCUUGCGAAGGGAAGGUUAUUUUCCAGUGAUACGUCCUGGAGGCGCCCGUCGUCUUCGCCGGUACAACCAUAACGCCGCCCGCUUUAAAACGACCGAGACGGGACACGGUGGAUUCGUCGCCGCCACCCGCUCGUACCGCAGCCCCCGGCAACCCCGGACCGUCCGGCAAACUCGCCUGCAUCAUGGACGCGCCGCUAUCGCAGAGCAUGGACUCCGUUAACACGGUGGCCACCGGCGAAGACGAGGUGCGCACCUUGUUCGUGAGCGGCUUGCCGAUGGACACCAAGCCGAGGGAGCUCUAUCUGCUUUUCAGAGCGUACGAGGGGUACGAAGGGUCGCUGUUAAAAGUCACGAGUAAAAAUGGGAAAACAGCAUCGCCGGUGGGAUUCGUGACUUUUCACACAAGAGCAGGCGCGGAGGCGGCGAAGCAGGAUUUACAGCAGGGGGUUAGAUUCGAUCCUGAUAUGCCACAAACCAUACGUUUGGAAUUUGCAAAAAGUAACACAAAGGUUAGCAAACCCAAGCAACCAGCCGCUGCAGCAGCCACCUCGCACCCCGCUCUGAUGCACCCUUUAACGGGACACCUAGGGAGUCCGUUCUUCCCCGGUGCUCCUGAAUUGUGGCAUCAUCCAUUGGCGUACUCUACAGCCGGCGAAUUACCGGGCACGCUGCAACAUGCGACGCUGGUGCAUCCGGCGUUACAUCCUCAGGUCCCCGCGCCUAUGUCCCUGCCGCAUCCUACGACGUUGACGUCGAUACACGCGUCGCUGCCUCAUUUUCUACCGUCGCCGGCACUGGCGUCACCGGUCGGAUCACCCUCGUCACAGCCGAACAUAGCCGUCAGCAAUGCGCAAUGCUCCACCCUCUUCGUGGCGAACCUGGGCCAGUUCGUAUCCGAGCAUGAGCUAAAGGACAUCUUCAGCAGUUUUCCUGGUUUCUCCCGGCUUCGUAUGCACACGAAGGGAGGGUCGCCAGUGGCCUUUAUCGAAUAUCAAGACGUUCGCUACGCGGCCCAGGCGAUGGCCACUCUCCAAGGAUCCUUUCUCCUCUCCUCCGACCGGGGAGCGAUACGAAUCGAAUAUGCAAAGUCAAAAAUGGCCGAGGUGGGCUUUACAAAUCUCUGGAUCGAAGGAUCAAAGAGACAAGAAAACGGCCAACCUUAAGAUUGACAUCAAUGGCAUGUAAAAAGGCAGAGUAUCGGGCAGCCUGGAAGAGACGAUAGAACGCGCGACAGGAUAUCCACCGGAAAACAAGACACGAGGAAGAACCAUACAAGAAGUCGCACUGUCGAGCAGUUAAAGAUUCGUCGGCGAGAGAUCGUGGGAAGCGAAACGUAGGAUGCAGGAGCAGUAACACACAUACAUACAUAUAUGAGAAAGAAGGGAAGAGAAGAGAUGCAAAAAUUGCGAGCGUGGGUGGAAGGGCAAGAUUUCGCUCUUUCGCCCGAAAGGGACACAGCGAACACAUCGGUAGGCAAAUUCUUGUAAAUUCUUCGACGUUGCAGAACGGAGGCGUGUUGGUUCGCGCGACUCUAGCGGGGGGCCCAAUAUAAUCACAUAAUAAUUCCUAGGUAUAUAUAUUUUUUAAUGAACUUAACUUAUCGAUUCGCGUACCUACCUUUACCUACUAUUUAUUUUCACCGUGUCUUUGAUCGCGAUCGACGAUGACGAAGCGAUAGACAGGGGCGGGGGUGAUAGAGAUGUGGCAGGUGAAGCAUCGAGGAAAAGGCAACAGAAGAAUGAAGCAAGCGAGAGGAAACGGAUUUUAUUUCUUGUAUAUGUAUUACAUAUGUAAAGAAGAAUGGCACUCUUCGCAAUUACACGCGCACGUCAUAUCGUGAUAUUUGGUUACACGUACAUGUAUAUGUACACAUGCAUACACAAAACACACACCCAUAUAAACAGACACAUUUAUACGCGACAGUCGCGAAGAUUUUUUUCAAACAUACCAUGCCACCCUGGGAUACAUCCGCACAUACCAUAAAAUUUGCAUUCAACGAUAAAUCUAUUGGAUGUUUCGGAAACAAAUUUCUGACAAAUUUGUUAAAUAAGUCACAUCGAGCUCGAAUUUUCCAAAUUGUUCAUAUUGCUGAAAAAGUAAUAGUAAUAAAUAUCGAGCCUCGCAAAAAUUAAGCUCAUUAACGCGUGAUUAAAACACAUUGAUGCACAAUGCGAAUCCUGGUGGUGGCUCUAACGCGAAAUUGCGUAUUCUACAUACUAAAACGAAACAAGCGAGGCGAAGAUGAGUACAUCAAGCUUAAUACCAAAGGUGCCCUAAGAAGUGUGUAUUUAUGUUUUAUCAUCGGCGCGUCACGCGCGAAACGAGCGCGCGUACAUUUAACUAUUGUAUCUUGUUAAGAAGAGUCUAGUGUGUCCUAGGUGAAGAUGAGUGUGUGUACGUGUGUGUACGUGUGUGUACGUGUGCGUACGUGUGUGUGUGUG